ACCUGGGUAACCCCUGGGGAACGACAGACCAGACGAGUCCCACAACGCCGCGCUGAGGAGUCCUGGCAAGUUAGCUCUGCUCUCUCCCGAAGCGCACCGGGGCGCUUUGACUCCGAUCGAGGUCGGACGCUCCUUGCUGGCUCCUCGUCUCAGAACGGCGUGGGAGGCCAGGAGGACUACCCUAGGAACCACGGGGAGAAACCAUAUAAAUGCCUGGAGUGUGGAAAAAGCUUCACUCACAGUUCAAGCCUUGCUUACCACCGAAGAAUCCACACAGGGGAGAAACCAUAUAAAUGCAUGGAGUGUGGGAAAAGCUUCAAUAGUAGUACACAGCUUACUUCCCAUCAAAGAAUUCACACAGGGGAGAAACCAUAUAAAUGUCUAGAGUGUGGGAAAAGCUUCCAUGAGAGAGGUCACCUUACUUCCCAUCGAAGAAUUCACACAGGGGAGAAACCAUAUGAAUGUGUGGAGUGUGGAAAAACCUUCCGUCAGAGAGGUAGCCUUACUGCCCAUCAAAGAAUUCACACAAGGGAGAAACCAUAUAAAUGCCUGGAGUGUGGGAAAAAAUUUAAGAGCUGUACAUAUCUUACUUCCCAUCAAAGAAUUCACACUGGGGAAAAACCAUAUAAAUGCCUGGAGUGUGGAAAAAGCUUCAGGCGCAAUGACUGCCUUAUUACCCAUCAAAGAAUUCACAGAGGGGAGAAACCAUAUAAAUGCCUGGAGUGUGAGAAAAGCUUCAGGCGGAGUGACCAACUGACUUUCCAUCAAAGAAGUCACACAGGUGAAAAACCAUAUAAAUGCCUGGAGUGUGGCAAAAGUUUCUGGAGUUCUACACAUCUUACUUCCCAUCAAAAAAUUCAUGAAGGGGAGAAACCAUACGAAUGCCUGGAGUGUGGCAAAAACUUCAGGACUCGUGCACAUCUUACCUCCCAUCAAAGAAUUCACACAGACGAGAAACCAUAUAAAUGCUUGGAGUGUGGGAAAACCUUCCGUCAGAGUUCUGGCCUUGCUCACCAUCAAAGAAUUCACACAGGGGAGAAACCAUAUACAUGCUUGGAGUGUGGGAAAAGCUUCAGGAGUAGUCGAGAGCUUACUUCUCAUCAAAGAAUUCACACAACAGAAAAACCAUAUAAGUGUCUGGAGUGUGGAAAAAGCUUCCGUCACAAUAUAGGUCUUGCUAGCCAUCAAAGAAUUCAUGCAGGGGAGAAACCGUAUAAAUGCCUGGAGUGUGGAAAAAGCUUCAGUCAGAGUGGCAAUCUUACUUCCCAUCAAAGAAUUCACACAGGUGAGAAACCAUAUAAAUGCCUGGCAUGUGGAAAAAGCUUCAGUCAGAGUUACAAUCUGACUUCCCAUCAAAGAAUUCACACAGGGGAGAAACCAUAUAAAUGCCUGGAGUGUGGAAAAAGCUUUAGUCAGAGAUCCCACCUUACUACCCAUCGAACAAUUCACACAGGGAGAAAACAAUAUAAAUUAUUGGAAUGUGGGUAAAUCUUCAAGAGUAGUACACAUCUUACUUCCCGUCAAAGAUUUCACACAGAGGAGAGCAAUGGUACCAUAGAUCUGUAAGAUGUAGGCCCUGAAAGACUUUGUAGGUAACAAGGACUAUGAAAAGAACCAAUAGCCUAAAACUUUUCCAUAGGAUUUACUCAGCUAUGUAUCAUAUGUGUUUUAUGC